AUGACGGUUGUCGAUCCCAGACUUUUCCCGCAACGGGUGCGGUAUGCCGCCUUGCUCACUGUCAAUGUCUACGUUUUUAUGGGAAAUAUGUACUCGUCGGGAAUCACGACGGGAUUCGGAUCUCUUGCUGCCUAUUUCCAUGCCGACAAUGACAUGCUAUCGGCACUAGUCACAUAUUCCGUACUGGCCAUGGGUUUGGCUAACCUAUUCUGGAUGCCUCUUGCCUUGUGCUUUGGAAAGCGUCCGGUUGUUAUCUUCUCUAUGGCGAUGUUCUUGGGUGGAAUCAUCUGGAGUGCCGUUGCCCCCACGUACAACAGCCUGCUCGCAUCGCGAGUCUUUGCCAGUUUCGGAUAUGGUGCUAUCGAGUCGCUGGGACCCAGUAUCCUCGCAGAUCUCUUCUUCGAGCGAAACUAUGCCAGUGCAAUGGCAGUUUAUGCUGCCUUCCUGUCCGGUGGUUCCCAGAUUGGACCCAUGAUUGCCGGCUACCUCAUCGAGGCCCGUGGCUGGCGCUGGUUCUUCAUCCUCUGCGCCAUCAUCGCCGCAGUCAACUUUGUGACCACCAUCUUCAUGCUGCCGGAGACCAUCUACGAGCCCGAUGUUGAUGAGACCGAAGAGCAGACCGAGGAGGUUGAAAAGGACGCCCAUAGCCACCUGGAGUCUAUCCCGACGAGAUCGCAGGUCGGCGACCGUGCCAGCAUGGACUAUGGUGAAUACUUCAAGGGACUCUUCACCGUGGGCCUCACCAAGGGUGCCCAGAAAGCUGGCGUGGCCAAGUACUUCGCCUACCUUUUCGUUCUUCCCUUCCCUCUGCUCCUUAUUCCUGGCGUGUUGAUCGCCUCGAUCAUGUACGGUGUUGUCCUUGGCGGUGUCGUCGCCAUUUCAACCCUCACCCCUUCUCUGCUAUCGGCACCUCCUUACCUCUUCACCUCUGCCGACCUCGGUCUCUUCACCCUCAGCAGCUUCGUUGGCAUCGUGAUCGCCUGGCCGAUCGCCGGUCCUCUGACCGAUCUCCUCUCCCGCUGGCUUCGCAAGCGUAACAACAAUGUCCACAAGCCCGAGCACCGUCUGCCCGCCUUGAUCUUCCCCUUCCUUAUUUGCCCCGUCGGUCUGGUCAUCUUCGGAUAUACCAUCGCUCGCCAAGAGCACUACGUCAAGCCCGCCGUCGGUGCAGCCAUCUCCGCCGCCGGUCUGACCUUGGUGCCUUCGGUCAUGCUGUCCUAUGUUGUGGACUCAUACCCCAGGACUAGCGGCGAGGCGCUUGUGCUGGUCAACGCCUCGAAGAACGUGGUUGCAUUCGGACUGGCCAAGGGUGCCUAUGCUUGGAUGGCCAAGGAGGGCGUCGCGAAGAUGUUCUAUGAGUUUGCUGGUAUUCAGUGGGCUUGCAUCUUCCUGGCUCUGCCUUUGUAUAUCUUUGGACCGAUGCUCCGGGCUCGGACCCAGAAGUUGUUCUAG